GUUGUUCGGUAUUCGGCCCUAUUAGGAGGGAUUUUCUACGGGAUUGUCCAUCGUAGAACACUGCAGGGGGAAGAGAAUGCAAAGAAGGAAGCUCAUGACCAUCAAAGGAGAGAUCAAUUGAUCAAAGAGGCGCGGGAAGCGUGGAAAAAGAAGCAGGUAACACCGACGUCAGGCGGUGAGUUGAUCACGGACCCGGAGGAUCCAAAAUUCAAUCUGGAAGACGCUAUGGAGCAGUGGUCAAAGGACGCGUGA